CCAUGCUUCCGUCCUCCGUCACUUCCGGCCGCGCAGGUAGCGGUUGCGGCAGUCCUGGCUGCCCUGAGGUUCGCUGGGCCUGGGUUCGGCGGCCGCCAUGAACUUCUCUGAGGUGUUCAAGCUUUCCAGCCUGCUCUGCAAGUUCUCCCCGGACGGCAAAUACCUGGCUUCUUGUGUCCAGUACCGGUUAGUGAUCCGGGAUGUGAACACCCUUCAGAUCCUUCAGCUGUACACAUGCCUGGACCAGAUCCAGCACAUCGAGUGGUCGGCAGACUCCCUGUUCAUCCUGUGCGCCAUGUACAAGCGGGGGCUGGUGCAGGUGUGGUCCUUGGAGCAGCCGGAGUGGCACUGCAGAAUCGACGAGGGCUCGGCCGGGCUGGUGGCCUCGUGCUGGAGCCCCGACGGCCGCCACAUCCUCAACACCACCGAGUUCCACCUGCGGAUAACUGUCUGGUCCUUGUGCACAAAGUCUGUGUCUUACAUCAAAUAUCCUAAAGCCUGUCAGCAGGGCAUUGCCUUCACCCGGGACGGCCGCUACAUGGCGUUGGCUGAGCGGCGGGACUGCAAAGACCACGUGAGCAUCUUCGUCUGCAGCGACUGGCAGCUCCUACGGCACUUUGAUACGGAAACCCAGGACCUCGCAGGGAUUGAGUGGGCCCCAAAUGGCUGUGUGCUGGCCGUGUGGGACACCUGUCUGGAGUACAAGGUCCUGCUCUACUCAUUGGACGGCCGGCUCUUGUCUGCCUACUGUGCCUACGAGUGGUCCCUGGGCGUCAAGUCUGUGGCCUGGAGCCCCAGCAGCCAGUUCCUGGCGGUCGGAAGCUAUGACGGGAAGGUGCGCAUUCUUAAUCAUGUGACUUGGAAAAUGAUCACAGAGUUUGGGCAUCCAGCAACUGUUAAUAAUCCCAAAACAGUUGUAUAUAAGGAAGCUGAGAAGAAUCCGCAGCUGGCACUGGGCCGCCUUGCCUUCCCCGCACCCAGAGCAGCGGCCAGCCCAGCCUCCAACACGGAGAGCAAAUACGAGAUUGCCUCGGCGCCAGUUUCCUUACAGACUUUGAAGCCCAUCGCUGACCGAGCAAACCCGAAAAUCGGCGUAGGCGCACUGGCCUUCAGUCCGGACAACUACUUCCUGGCGACGAGGAGCGGUCAGUGGCUGCGGCCCGCGCCGGGUCCGCUCACGCUUUCCUUUGAGCCCCAGUGCUCAGACCCUAGGAGGAGGAAGCCAGACAGCGUCCCGAACGCCGUCUGGAUCUGGGACAUACAGAAGCUGCGACUCUUCGUGGUGCUUGAGCAGCUGUCCCCGGUGCGCUCCUUCCAGUGGGACCCACAGCAGCCCCGGCUGGCCAUCUGCACGGGAGGCAGCAAGGUGUACCUGUGGUCGCCGGCGGGCUGCCUGUCGGUGCAGGUGCCGGGGGAAGGUGACUUUCAGGUGCUUUCUCUGUGCUGGCAUUUCAGCGGGGACUCAAUGGCUCUCCUCAGUAAGGACCACUUCUGUCUCUGUUUCCUGGAGACUGAGGAGAGAGUUGGCACCGCCUUUGGACGGCCUGGUGACCACACAUAGGACCUGUGUAUAUCCAGGCCCGGGUGAGACCAAGGCAGGACACCUGGCACGUGCCGGCUGUGGAGAAGGGAUGGGCUUUCCUGGGGAGUUGCUCUAGCUAUGCUGGCCCAGAGGAAAUGAUUUGCUGUUAUUUUUCUAUAGCAUUUUUAUAAAUAUGUAUGGUACAAAACUAAUUUUUUUUUAAAUAAAUA